AGUUGCGUAGUUGUCGUCAGUUGAAGUGGUUGUUAGUUCGGAUUGGGUCGACUGGGACGGGACGUUCACAUCUUUCAGAAUUAAUUAAAUUCUAUUUAUGUUAAGUGAAUAAAUUUACAUCAAUAUAAAGAAGAAAUAUAAAAUAUUUUGAACUUAAUUUAAAAAAUUCUAAAAUGGCGUUUAAAAAUCUAUAUGCCUACAGUGCACGUUUCUCACAUCAUGGCAAGUCAAAAAGGUUCAGCUCGACGCUACACUCCAAGGUUUCCCCUGCUGUUAUGCCGGUUGUGCAAAAUGAGAUGCCCCAUUGUGAUUUCAAACCACCACAAUACACAGGACCGAGCUAUGAAAAUAUCAAGGAUCUACGAAAAAAUAAUCUAACACCUAACUUAGCUGCCUACUACAAGAAACCUUUGCUUAUACACUCUGGUCACAUGCAAUGGUUGUUCGAUCACGAAGGACGUCGUUACUUGGAUAUGUUCGGGGGCAUUGUUACGGUGUCAGUUGGUCAUUGUCAUCCUAAAGUCAACAAAGCGCUAGAAGAACAAAUAAACACGCUCUGGCACACUACCAAUAUUUAUAUGCAUCCUAAGAUACAUGAAUACGCAAAGCGUUUGACUGAUAAACUUCCCGGUGAUUUGAAAUGUGCUUGUUUUGUGAAUUCCGGCUCUGAAGCUAAUGACCUAGCUAUGCUUAUAGCACGCAUGCACACUGGAAAUAAUGAUAUCAUCACAUUACGUAAUUCCUAUCAUGGUAUGUCACCGUAUACGAUGGGUUUGACUGCCCACUCCACUUGGCGCUUUCCAUUAGCUGGUGUUAAUAGUGGAAUCUUGCAUGUCAUGCAGCCCGAUCCGUAUUUAGGCAUAUGGGGUGGAUCAGCUUGCCGCGAUUCCCCCGUACAAACUGAUCGUAGCUGCGCUUGUAAUAAAGAAACUGGAUGUGUCGCCACAGAUCACUAUUACAAUGAAUUGGAAGAGACAUUCAAGUAUUCAUUGCCACGUGGUAAAGUAGCUGCUAUGUUUGCGGAAUCAAUUCAAGGUGUUGGUGGCACAGUGCAAUUCCCGAAGGGUUACAUUAAAAAAGCUGCAGAACUGAUACGUGCUAAUGGCGGUUUAUUUGUAUCAGAUGAAGUUCAAACUGGAUUUGGACGUACUGGUGAGCAUUUCUGGGGCUUUGAAGGACAUGGAAUUAUACCAGAUAUUGUAACUAUGGCAAAAGGAAUUGGAAAUGGCUUCCCCAUGGCUGCUGUUGUUACCACACCGAAAAUUGCGGAAUCACUGAGCAAAGCUUUGCAUUUCAAUACUUACGGUGGCAACCCAAUGGCUAGUGCUGUUGGCAUCGCAGUUUUGGAUGUUAUUAAAGAUGAAGGUCUACAACAAAAUUCCCUCGAUGUUGGCACAUACUUCUUGAAAAGUCUGGCCCAACUUAAAGACCAAUACGAAAUUAUUGGUGAUGUGCGCGGAAAGGGUUUAAUGAUUGGUGUUGAAUUGGUUGCAGAUCGUAAGACUAAAACUCCGCUCAGUGCACCACAUGUUAUGGAGAUAUGGGAAACUUGCAAGGAUAUGGGUGUACUAUAUGGAAAAGGCGGUUUGCAUGGCAAUGUGUUACGUAUUAAGCCCCCCAUGUGCAUUAAUAAAUCAGAUGUAAAGUUUGGAAUAGACGUACUCUCGAGCGCUAUCUCGGAAUUUUUAAACAAGAAGCGAUAAACAAGAGCAUGAUAUGCAUGUUUGCAUGAAUAGAUUGAUUCCUGUUGGAUGUAAAGGCUUGAGACAUUUAUUUCAAAAUUAUACUAUCUAAAGAAUUUCUUAUCAAAUUUAAUUUAUUGACUGUGAAGUAUUUUUGCUUUUACGAAACUGUGUACAAAAUCAGUUGCAUUUAUUUUUUUAGUGAUUAUUAACAUUUA